CAAGUAAAAGUAUCGAUGAUUUCUUUCGAUCGGAUUGUGAAUUUUACUAUUAAUGCAUUUUAUAUUUUUAUCAUCGUAAUAGGUAUAGCCAUAAUAUCUUAGAUUCGAGAGCAUAGAAUUAUUUAGAUAUUAACACAGAACAAUUAAUAAGGCUCUCUAAUCUCUUCUAUAUCCACCUUGGAUCUAAGCAUAAUAUAAAAUUUUUUUAAAUAAUCUAAGACCAUGGUAUAAUAGAGUUGAGUUGUAGACCAUAGAGUAACAGUUACUCUGUGUUAUAGACAGUUACAUCGAGAUAGAUAAACAAUAAAUUUUAUUGUGUCAAUAUCAUUUAAUCUAUUCUGUGUUAAUAUCGCCAAUAUUGUGAUAUCGCAGAAUCUAAAUGAUAACACUGGUGAAUAAUGAAUAUUUCUAAUGGUGCAUACCUAGUGGCUAGUAUUACCUACUGCAUUUGAUUAAAACAUUUUUUUUAAUAGGUCUCGGCGUGACGGCGUCUUGUAUUUAUUGUGACUAUUGACCAUCAUUGUAUUUAUUAUUUAGUAAUUUCGAACUUUUUCAGUAUUAGUUAAUUGUUAUUAGUUACUAUUAUCGAGUAUAAUUAUUUAGAAGAAAUAGAUUAAAAAUGACCAAAUUCAAAACAAUUUCUUGUUACUUAACAUUUCAUUCAGUAUUAUUUAAAUUAAAUACAAUGUGAUUCAUCUGGGGAAGAAAGAGAUUUAUAGAUAUUUCAAAUUGAUUCUACAAGAUAUUUUAUUCCUUGACCAUGAAUAACAGCAGUGUCAUUGCUGGAAACUCGGUGGUUUUUUUGGAUAUUGAAAUUGCUCAAGAAAAAAUUGGCCGAAUUGUUAUUGAGUUGUUUAAUAACGUUGUACCUAAAACUGCUGAAAAUUUUAGAGCGCUUUGUACAGGUGAAAAAGGUAUUGGAUUAUCAGGAAAGCCACUACAUUUAAAAGGUUCAUCAUUCCAUCGAGCUGUUCCAGAAUUUAUGAUUCAGGGUGGUGACAUUACUGCUGGCAAUGGAUCUGGUGGUGAAAGUAUAUAUGGUUUAUUUUUUGAGGACGAAAAUUUUGAAUUGCUGCAUGAAGAACCUGGAGUUCUGAGUAUGGCAAAUACUGGUCAUAAAAAUACUAAUAAUUCUCAGUUUUUCAUCACAACUGCUCCAUGUUCACAUUUGGAUGGCAAGAAUGUGGUUUUUGGAAAAGUAAAAAAAGGAUUUUGUGUGGUUCAAACAAUUUCCGCCACUACUACGAAUAAUGAUAUCCCAAUUAAUCCUUGUAUAAUCACAGAUUGUGGUGAGCUCUCAAGUGAUAGUAAUACUUGGAAUAUUAAUGAAAAUGAUACAACCAAUGAUGUUUUCCCCCCUUUCCCCGAGGAUUGGGACAUUGAGCCAAUUGAUCUUGAUGUAAUACAAAUCUGUGAUGUUCUAAAUAAAAUUAAAGAAUCGGGAAACCAAUUUUUUAGCUGCAACAAUUAUUCAUGUGCUAGACGAAAAUAUGACAAAGUGUUACGAUAUUUUGAAUGGUAUAAAAGUUAUCAUAAAAAUUCUAAGAUGGAUUUAAACAUGCUGGAAACCAUACAAACAAAUACAUUGUUAAAUUUAUCCACUGUUCAUUUGAAAGAGGGAAAUUACAAAAUUUCAAUUGAAUUAUCAGAACAAGUUUUAAACAUAGAUUGUAACAACGGAAAGGCUCUUUUCCGUCUUGGUAAGGCCUAUGGAUCACUCAAUAACUAUGAAAAAGCAAUUAAAUAUUACAAAAAAGCUUUGGACAUUUUUCCGGAUGAAAAAAACAUUUUAAUUGAGUUAAAAAAAGUAAUACAAGCUCAAAACCAAUAUUUAGCUACAGAAAAAAUUCUUUACUCUAAAAUGUUUUUAUCAUAGCAAAAUAGGUUUUGGAAGAAAAUAUAAUAUACUAUUAAUCAUA